UUUGAUGUAAGCGACCAGAAGCAGACAGCUGUACUUCCGCAUCAGACGAUGAGAUGCUACUCUAUCACAGAAGUCAUGCAAGCGAGUAACUUUGUGCAUGUUUAUUUAAAAUAAACAAAAAACAGGAAACAUUUUGACCCCAAGAAUGACCAUUUGUCAAGAGACUAUGGACUUGGAUCACGAUUCUAAACCCCGGCAUGCUGUUUUCACGAAGAUGGAGGCGAUUAUAAAGAAUAUGCAACAGGAUGACAAAGGCAUUACGAGUAGAAACAGGAAAACACAUCCUCUAGUGGAUAGGAAAAUAUUCUCAGGAAGUGACAUCAUAGAAUGGCUGAGAAGACGGUUCCCCGAGUCUGAGACGGAGGAGAUGGGUGUGAAAGAGGCUUUACACCUAGCAAACCUGCUGUGUCAGUACGGCUACAUCUACCCUGUAGACCUGAAAACUGUCACGAUUAAAGACGACCGGUCUACUGAAUACAGAUUCCAGACUCCAUUUUAUUGGCCAUUUUGCAAGCAGAAAACUGCAGACAGUUUGGAAUAUGCAAUCUACUUACAAAAGAGGAGUAUGCGCAACAAGAACAAACACGAACUGGAGCCACAUGAAAAGGAGGCAUAUGAGAAGUUGUUGAAAUUUUUCUGUGAUAGGAAAGAUUUCAUUAAAUCUCAAGCAGAAGAACAAGUCAAGGAACUGAAGAAGAAACAGCGUCAAGACAAGAUGUUAGGGGACCAACAGGAAAGAGCAUUCUGGAGGAUACACCGGCCUCCGAAAUCCCAGGUGAAUUGUCUGGAGGAGGGACCUAAGAGAAAUAUACACCCCAAUCAGAUGGUGGCUCGGAAAAAGAAGAAUAAGGACUGGUACAGACAGGAGAUUGCAUUCCUUAAAAAGUCUAUGGACAGGCCAAGGAUGAAAUUUUCCAAAGCAUUUGAAUGUUACUGCACGCGGUGGACCCAGUAUCAUGAGUAUGACCCAUUUAUUGAGCCGAGUGCAGCCCAGCCUAGCAACCCUUGGAUCACAGACGACCCCACUUUGUGGGAACUCAAUAAACCCUUGGUUCCGAGUCCCACGGAAUUGCGGGUAAAGAAGUGGAGUUUCAGCUUCUAUGAACUUGUCUCGGAUCUGACCGGAUUAUCAGAGUUUGAGAAGUAUUUAGAAAAGGAAUACAGUCAGGAAAAUAUACGCUUCUGGAAUGAAGUAGAACAACUCAAGGAUUGCCCGUAUAAACAACUCAGGAACCGUAUGGAUCAGAUCUAUAAAGAGUUCCUAGAGAAGGGAGCUAACUGUGAAGUUAACGUUGAUUCUAAGACCAUGGAACAAGUACAUAAAAAUUUAGAGGAAAAGUUUGGUCCUCGAAGUCGUUACGCGUUUGACCCGGCCCAGGAACAUAUCUAUAACCUAAUGAAGAAGGACAGUUAUGCACGUUACUUACGAUCUGACCACUACAAACAGCUGCUGACGCAGGCGAAACAACACCCCUUUACCAAGAAGAAUGCUGCUUUCAUGACUACAAUAAAAUUCUUUAGCUGGAGUAACAAGAGUAAACAGCAAGCACAGCCCCAGCAAAGACCAACAACCCCCAGUCCUAAGGUGGCGAGACGCCGCGGCAGCAACUCCAGUGACCGAUCACGUGAUGUGAGCUCUGACGUCAGCGGCGGCGACUCCCCCGUACACAUGUCUGCCCCACAUCACUCAUACAGCACCAGUGACCUGAAGGAACUCGGCAACAACCAGAAAUCGGCACUUUCCCAGAGCUUGAAGGGGUCUGACAACAGUAUUUCUAUCAGCGCUAUAUCCCCUAAUGUGAGACGUCGCUCCGAUGACCCUGGGCGUGGCAACGCUCUCGCAAACAAUCGCCGUAGCAAACUGGAAGUACCGAGGCCCUACCCUCUUACUGCGACAUCGGACAAGCGCAAGUCUGAGAGUGUGCCAUUCAAGUCGAACAGCAUUGCACCUCUGGUGGAGAAGUAGAUCGCACAUUGUUAUACGUGUCAAUUGUAUUUUUCCACGUUCUAUGACUUAGUUUGAAUCUUUCAUGUUUACACGAAUUUUAAAACCGUUUGUUCCCUUAACAAGUUCUUAUUAUUAUUGAGAAAUGAAAUUUCUUGCACUUGUUGAUUUUUGAUUGCCCACCGCCAUAUUGAUUACUUCUUGUUAAGUAUACAUGUCAGCCAUGUAAUACCAUGGACUUGCAGAAACAGGUUUAUUAACACGUACACUUCAAAACCAGCUUAGCAUUGGUAAUUUCAUAUGAUUAUAUUACAAAUAAAAUAUUUUGUGACAGAGAAUUUGUAUUAACCUCUUUUCACUUGUCGCCAAGUGAGAUGAAUGUAUAUGAACAUCGGUUGGUUGUUGGCCGGUGUAUUUUGACCAAUACAGUUUCUCUCGUUAGUGUGAUUUUAGGACUAGUCGCUGGUUAUGGAAAAAUGUCUGCGAUAGCUGCUGUAUCCUGUAGGAUGCCGUUCUUCAGAAGCCAGCAUGGUUCUGUAGUACUGUAUCCCAACACGAAGAUGCCAGUAACAACAGACUUAACCCUUUCAACACCAUAGACCAUAAUGGACUCAUCCAUAUCAAUGCAUGGUAGAGUCUACUAAAGUUACA